UCUUUGGGAAUUAGUAGGGAUCACUAUUUAAGAAACUGCUAGACAAAGCUACAUGCCAUACAUUAUCCCCAAACCACCUUUAUACAUUUUUUUCUUGUAUUUCAUCUGUACUCUGUUCUUAAAGUCCAAAGUUAAAGGACACGAGAUAUAAAGAUGUCACUGUAAUAUAUAGGCACACAGAUGCAUACAUAUUUUCUGAUAGCACAGAGUGAAGCAGCAAGCUCAGAAGAUGCCUGAAAAACCCUCAGCCAUCAUCAUUGCAUUGUGCCUGGCUAUUGUAACCCCUCUCUGCAUAGGGGCAGCUCUCCCUUAUUUAGAAGCUGAGGAGACACCAAAGUAUUGGAAUGAUCAGGCCAGGACAACUUUGAAUGCAGCUCUGAAUUUGAAACCCAUUACUAACAGAGCCAAAAAUCUCAUCUUGUUCCUGGGGGAUGGAAUGGGAAUCACUACAAUUACAGCAACUCGUAUAUAUCAAGGACAACUGGCAAAUAAAUCUGGAGAAGAGAAUAUUUUAGCUAUGGAUAAGUUCCCUUAUGUUGCUCUUUCCAAGACAUACAAUGUAGAUGCCCAGGUCCCAGACAGUGCUGGCACAGGUACUGCUUAUCUGUGCGGGGUAAAAACCAACUCUGGAAUGCUAGGUGUGAGUGCGGCUGCACGGUCGGACAGUUGCACUUCUGCUGCUGAAAAUCAGGUGACUUCUAUCCUUCACAGAGCAAAGCAAGCAGGUAAAUCUGUUGGAAUUGUAACUACCACCCGGGUCCAACAUGCAUCUCCAGCUGCAGCCUAUGCUCAUAUUGUCAACCGGAACUGGUACUCCGAUAAUGAGAUGACAUCAAGUGUCAUCAACAGUGGCUGUAAAGACAUUGCAUUCCAACUGGUGAAGAACACAGACAUUAAUGUCAUUCUUGGGGGAGGAAGAGCCUACAUGAACCCAAAAGGAACACCUGACCCAGAGUACCCAACCAGCUCAUCAAACCAAGCUGUGCGCAAAGAUGGGCUAAACCUAAUAGAUAUGUGGCUGAGCACAAGGCAGAAUGCCAGAUAUGUUUGGAAUAAACAAGAUUUUGAUGCUGUGGAUGAACACAAUACAGACUACUUGAUGGGUCUGUUUGAGCCAAAAGACUUGAAGUAUGAGCUGAACCGUGACCCUUCCACUGACCCAUCACUUGCUGAGAUGACUGAAAAAGCCGUAAGGAUCCUGAGCAAGAAUCCCAAUGGUUUCUUCCUGUUUGUAGAAGGUGGCAGAAUCGAUCACGGCCACCAUGAUGGAAAGGCGAAGCAGUCAUUGUCAGAAGCUGUUGAGUUUGACAAAGCCAUUGAAAGAGCCGGAAGACUGACAAAUGAGAGUGAAACUCUGACUGUGGUGACUGCAGACCACUCUCAUGUGUUUACUUUUGGGGGAUACACUGAUCGUGGAAAAAGUAUCUUUGGUCUUGCUCCUGAAAGAGGUGUUGAUACAAAACCAUACACCAGCCUGCUAUAUGCAAAUGGACUUGGGUUUAAACUUGUUAAUGGGUCACGUGAAAAUAUCAUCAAUGUAGACACAGAGGGCAACGAUUACCUGCAGCAGGCAGCUGUCCCUCUCUUUUCAGAGACCCAUGGGGGUGAAGAUGUAGCAAUUAUGGCCAAAGGUCCCCAGGCGCACCUCUUCCAUGGAGUUCAUGAACAGAAUUACAUUGCUCAUGUCAUGGCGUACGCUGCCUGCCUGGAGCCCUACACAGACUGCUCCAGCGGAGUACGGUCAGGCUCUAGCACCAUUUUGCCCUCAUUAAUUGCACUAAUCUUGUCAGCUUGGGUUGUCACAUCGUGAGAUGUGCAGACAAUCAUGUAAUACCUCAAAGGCACAAACCUACAAAUGUUUCUUUUAUCUCAACUACUUUAUGAUCAUUUAAAAAAAUGUUUGUCAUCAGAUAAAGCUGCUUUAAAUAUAGGUUUGUAAAUUGUAUGAUUAAAUAAAUAAUACAUUUGCUCUUUCAGGGAUGUAUAGUGCUAAAUAAAAAUCUAAAUAAAAUC